GUGCUAAAUGAGGCAGUGUUUGAUGAGGAGCAUGAUGAAAUGGUGAUUGUCAGGGAUAUCGAAAUGUUCUCGCUCUGUGAGCAUCACCUAGUUCCUUUUUGCGGCAAGGUCCAUAUUGGCUAUCUGCCCAAUAAGAAAGUUUUAGGAAUCAGUAAAUUAGCCAGAAUUGUUGAAAUGUUCAGCAGGCGCCUCCAAGCACUGCAUAUGCCUUGUAUUGUUGAGCUUGCUUCUGGAGAAAGUGGUCCAGCUAGCUACAGAAAUCCAUUAAAACUUAUCAUCCAGAAAGUAACUAUUCACAGCUGGUAUGGUAUAACCUAUGGUCUCUGA